CAUCAAAUGACUCCUCUACACAUGGAAGACACCUAUAUUGCACACCCCUUAUAGAUAUGCUUACAAGGCCUCAUGUAGAUGGUGACUAAGCUGAAUCUAUAUCUCUUUCUUGCACAUUCUGGUAUUCUAUCAUCAUUGUUGUCUUCUUAGUGAAAGAGCAACAAGAACAGGAGAAAUUCCUUUCUAUGCUGUCAAGAUUUCUGCUUUAGAUACAGGAAAAAGAUGCUGGAAGGGAAAGCUUUGAUAGAGGAUACUGAUAUGCCAUUGAAGAUGCAGAUCCAAGCAAUGGCGUGUGCUUCUCAAGCUCUGGAUCUGUAUGAUGUUUUGGACUGCAAAUCCAUUGCUGCCCACAUCAAGAAGGAAUUUGACAAAAGAUAUGGAAAUGGAUGGCAGUGUGUGGUUGGAUCUAACUUUGGGUGCUUUUUCACUCACACUAAAGGGAGUUUCAUAUAUUUCACACUGGAGACACUCAACUUUCUCAUCUUCAAAGGUGCUGCUUAUUCUUGAUGAAAUAGCUAGUUGAGAAGGAUUUGAAGAUUGGGAACAGAGAGGGUGCAGUUCAGAAGGGAUGUUUCCUUGGGUUUUUCACUUUGAGAUCGUAUGUUAGGACUGUAAAAAAAGUGAAGAGAAAAUGGUGUAAGAGGAACUCCUUUUAAUGUUUCCUAUGUAAGUUUAGGCUGUACAGGAACAAUGUACUGCUAAGCUUUGUCUAUGAGUAAAUCAUCCGAGGGAUGUCAAGAAUGAAGUUCAACUGAGGUUC